AUGUUCAGAUCAACUGCAUUCAAAUCAUUAGCUCGUCAAUCUCAAUUCAUCUCCAGAAGAACCUAUGCUGAUGCUGCUUCUGCUGAUGUUUUGAAAUUAUCUUUAGCUUUACCACAUGCUACUUUAUUUUCUUCAGAACAAGUUACUCAAGUUAAUGUUCCAGGUGCUAAUGGUGAUUUUGGUAUCUUAGCUAACCACGUUCCAAUCAUUGAACAAUUAAGACCAGGUUUAAUUUCAAUUACUGAAACUUCAGGUCAAACUAAAGAAUUUUUCGUUAGUGGUGGUUUUGCUACUGUUCAACCAGGUUCAACUUUAUCAAUCACUGCUAUUGAAGCUUUUGAACCUUCUGCUUUCUCUGCUGAAGCUGUUAAAACUCAAUUAGCUGAAGCUCAAAAGAAUGUUAACAAUAGUGAUGAAGCAAUUGCUGCUACUGCUGCUAUUCAAGUUGAAGUUUUAGAAGCUUUACAAUCUGUUGCUAAAUAA